GUUUUAAGCAAUAUUUUUACAUCAGGUUGCUGUGGAUUACUGAUAUUGGGAUUUAUACUCUUACCUUCUUAUUUUUUGUAUUCUCAGUCUACUAAUAGUUUUCACAUUCUUGUUUUUGGUACGUUAUGAACAAUAUAAAGAUUUCGAGAUAUGAGCAAGAGGAUGAUAAUAAAAACGGGUAUGUCACUCCUCGAUAUAACCAGCAACGAACCAAUGGUGGUCGUUACAUAAAUAAUAAUCGUCAAAGAAAUGCUGGUAACAGAUCUGGUAUAGCACCUGGAGGUAUGGGAGGAGCUGGAACCGGAGGUAAUUCCGUAACUGGUUCUUUCCCCUCAUCAAAUUCCAAUUUCGAUAUUGAAGGAUCUAGUGAUUCGAAUUCUCAGAGAACUCCAUUUAUUCGCACAGUCUCGUCGACGUCGAGUCGCCACGAUAAUUUCAGAAAUGAAAACGAGAAUAUGGUGUCUGUAGAGGAAGUCGUCAGUGGCGAUCUGUCCAAAGGGAUCGUACAGGAAUUCCGUGAGAAGCUCUUAGCGGACAGCACUGAAGAGGAUCUGAGGCCGCAAGUGAUCAAUGACAAAAUCGUUUAUAGCUUGCUUUGUGUGUUGAAACUCUCCGAAGUGGAGCCUCCCGAAAUGAAAUGCCCUUUAUCCUACACAAUCUACGAGAAGAAAAUGGUCUCCGUUUCUCCCGAUCCGAACGACGAAGUGCUGGAUGCGGAUUGCUGGGAUCUUCCUUCCAACGACGCUUCGAACAUCGAUCUCUCCUGCUCUCUGGAGAUGGAUCGCCAGCAGUUCCUCGACCAGCGUCAGAAAGAGUCCUGCGACGCUGUGGCGCGCGAGACCGCCGAAAUGGAUCGCGAGUUCAAGUCGCUGGAGGCGGAGAACGGUGUCGAUUCGAUCUUCAAUCUCUUCGAUCGCCGUCUCUCCUCCGACGACGACGAAGGCGACGAGCCCAAACCCGAGCUUCCAUUAGCUCUCGACAGUGACCAUCGAAACGCUCCCAAUCGUCUCGAGCCUCCACGCGAAGCCACCGAAGUCGCCGUGGAGCCUCCGGCCACCGAGUUCGCGCCGUAUUUCGACCCUGCCGCGCAUAUUGGAGGGGCCGACGACGACGCCGCGGCUGCGCAGCCGCUCGGGAAUCGCUCGCCGAGUCCGCGCGACGCUGUCGAUCCGCAGCGAAUGGUGAAUCCGUCGCCGUACGCCGCGAAUCUUGGCUGUAGGCGCGCCACGAUGGGUGUCAUGUAG